CAGCACACCCGCGAAUAGCAAUUAUUUUAAUAACAUAUAUAACUAGUAUAUAAAUACUGUAUUUUUUUGUAUUAUUACUAUUUUUUUUAAUAUAAAGUCGACAUGAGCCCGGACUCCGGCGUUGCGUUUUUGCGCUCGCUUUUCCUUCUCUUGGUGUGCGGCGGCGGUGUGGAUGAAAUCCAAGCAGACGGUCCCCACUGGUCUUACACAGAGUCCCAUGGUCAGUCUCAAUGGCCCGAGUUGUUCCCCCACUGUGGGGGUCUCUCUCAGUCCCCAGUGAAUAUCGAUACUGACUGUGUCAAGCUGGACCCCUCUCUGCGCCCCGUCGAACCCCAGGGGUACAGCACCCUGAGCAGCGACUUCUUCACUCUGGAAAACAACGGCCAUUCGGUUCAGAUGUCUCUGCCGAGCUCUAUGUCUCUGUCUCAGAGGUUCACUGCUGUCCAGCUGCACCUGCACUGGGGGAGCAGGGGUAACGGGGCGGGGUCGGAGCACCUCAUCAACUGGCAGGCCAGCCUGGCGGAGAUGUCAGAGUUGUAUAUUCGAUUGGGGAGACCAUCGCAGUCAUCGCUGGAAUCCUGUUUGGAGCUCUGGGCAUCAUUAUCACGGCUCACUUCAUUAUCAAAAGCAUACGUUCCUCUUCCAGUUGGGACGUUCUGCCGGACAGUAUCACGUCAUCGGCCAGAUUCAGGUUACCACACCCGUCGAAAAAACAUGAAGAGCCCAAACAGGAAGUGGUUUACAAGACCUCUAACCCGGAAGAGGAAGCUGUCCAACAGCUGGAACAGCAACAGCCUUGAACUUUCACCUUUGAUCGGGAAGAUGUAUAUAUUUUUUUUUGGGGGGGGGGGGGAUAUCAGGACAUUAUUGCUAUUAGAGUCUGGUCAGCAGUGCCAUUAUUGUAAUUUUACUAUUAAUGAAUCAUUUAGCAGACGCAUUUAUCCAUAGCAAU